AUGGACACCAAAGACAUUUCCGAUUCUGAAAAACAUAUCGCCUUCAUUAAGCAGAGCAAGGAAAAUGCAGAGCGAGCACGGCUUCGUAAGGGCGAAAAGCCUCGAGAUCAUCCACCACGCAGCGCUCUUGUUUCACAAUUCCUAAUGAAACUUUUCCAUUCCGCUGGCGUGAGUGACAUAAUGAAUCACAAGCUCUACACGUCGCAAGUACCACCAUAUUAUCCCCCUUGUAUCCAUCCUGCCCAGGACCUCAAGCCUCUGAUGAUAUCAGAAAUGAUGCUUGAAAUCCAUCAUCGGGGGAGUUAUGCUUUGGUUCGUGUCUUGACGCCACCCGAUCGAAUGACUGCUGUCAUGGCUAUUGUUGAAGACGAGGAGGGUACUGCAGUAUUGCUUCAGCUCUACAACCAACCCGAAGAAUCUAAGGUUGCCAAAGAGAAUAUUCUGAAAGCUCGAGAUAUUUGCAUCAUUAAGGAGCCUUUCUUCAAGGUUACUAAUAGUGGUUCGUAUAGCUUGCGGGUCGAUCAUGUCAGUGAUAUUAUCUGGCUCGAGGACACCGACAAUCGUAUUCCUCUGGAGUGGAGAAACCGAUUUAUAAGUCUUGAUGAGAGCUCUGAGGACAUACGAAAGGAGGGAAACGAGGCAGUUCAGAAGAAGGAUUGGGCCAAUGCGGAACGCCUGUAUACGGAUGCGAUACGCGCUGCUAAUACUGCUAAGGAAAAGCAGCUAGCUUACCUUAAUCGGUCCCUCACCAACCUCUACCUCGAUCGACCAGAGAAAGCAUCCGCAGAUGCUCAAAAGGGAAAUAUGGGCGAUGAUUCUCUAAUUGAAAAAGCUUUAUUCCGAGAGGCCAAGGCUCUCUACACACUGGGGAAGUUUGGCUCUUGCUUGGAGAAACUUAUGACCCUUGUGCGUUCUAACCCCAAGAACUCAGGCGCAUGGGCCGAGAUUAAGCGAGUUAAGCAGCGUCUUCGUGAGGAGGAAAAAGGAUCGUAUCAAUUCAAUAACAUGUAUAAGCAGGCUGAAGAUACUCCGCCUUUGAUCGACUGCGCAACAUAUGUCGGGUCGGUAGCCGUCCGUGAUUCACCUGGUCGAGGUAAGGGGCUGUUUACCACAAAAGUAGUCAAGGCAGGGGAGCUUUUACUAUGCGAGAAAGCUUUCGCGUACAGUUAUGCUGGUAAUGAUAGCAAUGUUGGCAAAUCGAACACGACUGUUUUGAUGAAUUGGCACACUAAUAUCAUGUCCAUGGGCGGUCAAGCAAACCUCAUCACCCAAAUUGUCCAGAAAUUAUAUCGUAACCAUGAUGGGGGGAAAGUAUUCACUGAGCUAUAUCACGGUGACUAUACUCCUGUUGCGAUAUCUGAGGUUGACGGUGCCCCCGUGGUGGACACAUUUCUCAUUGUAAAAACAAUUCAGCUAAACUCUUUCGGAGCUCCACGCACCAGUUACAAGUCGACCAUGUUGGCCAUGGUUAAUCAAAGUGGAGAGCAAACGGAAAAGUCUGCCGGGUAUACCACGUGCGGAAUCUGGCCCAUCGCAUCACGCAUCAACCAUUCCUGUGUCACCAACUGUUAUCGCACCUUCAUCGGCGACAUGCAAAUCGUGCGGGCCACCCAGGACUUAAAGGCAGACACCGAGUUGCACUUUAUGUACCGCAGCCCCGGGCUAAACGAGACUUAUGACCAAACCCAGAAGAAGCUCAAAGGCGGCUGGGGGUUUGCCUGCAACUGCGCGCUGUGCUUUUACAAGAAGUCCACGCCUCAAAGUACCAUUAAGAAACGUGAGGCGUUAUUCCUCUCCCUCAACCUCUUAUUGCAGAGCGGUUUUUCGCCGGCACAAUUAAGCCGAGCGAGAAAGAUGAUGGAAGAUUUAGAGAAGACGUACACAGCUGAACGGGAUGCGCCGCCGGUGGUGCGCUCCGAGUUAUCAAGGUAUUACUUUGCGGCGGGCAACGAUCUGAUCCCAAGAAAUAAAUUGAUUGAUGGCCUAGAGAUGAUUCUAAAGGGGCUAGAGACGCUCGGAUACGUCGUUGAGGCCCGCCCGCCGAGGGAUAUGGGGGCCGGGAAAAACGCAGUGAUUGAGAUAAAGCGCUGGGGGGAAGCCGAUGAAAAUAUCCUGUGGGCACUCACGAGUAUGAUGCAGGCUUAUGGGGUUCUUGCCCCUGAGCUCUGCAAUACUGUCAAGGGGUAUGCGAAUAUCAUCUAUAGUAUAUGCUGUGGUGAGAGUGAGACUAUUGGUAAAAUAUUUCCAGGUUUUGCGUAG